UUUGAUCAUUUUAUCUUUUGAAUACAUUUGAAUUAUCCUAGUCUUAUCAGGAGUCUACCAAGUAUAUGUUUUGAUAGAUCCCACAAUUUGACAACCAAAAAUUGCAGUAAUGGCCACUCUUUCUUCUCCUCCUCCAUCUCUCUCAACUCUAAGAAAAUCCUUCCCUUCUAAUUCCCCAAUUUUCCCUUCCUUCCGUUGUCUAGUUCCGCAAAUUAAAAAAACCUUUACCCUCAAAACCCUAAACCCCAACUUCAAAACCCUCCAAUCCUCCGCCGUACCCGCCGCCGCCACCACCUCCGAAAUCCCACUACCCCUCAAAACUCGCCUUAAAAAUGGCGAAACCCUCUACGGCAUUUUCCUCCUCAGUUUCUCCCCAACUCUCGCCGAAAUCGCCGGUCUCGUCGGCUACGACUUCGCCGUCGUCGACAUGGAGCACGGCCACGGCGGUAUCUCCGACGCCCUCCCCUGUCUCCACGCCUUAGCCGCCACUAACACCCCCGCCAUCCUCCGUAUCCCGGAAUCCUCUGCUACUUGGGCUAAAAAAGCCCUCGAUCUCGGCCCGCAAGGUAUCAUGUUUCCAAUGAUUGACGGCCCGAAAUCGGCCCGAAAGGCUGUGUCUUACUGCCGUUUUCCUCCCAACGGAAUCCGCGGAUCAGCCCACACUGUCGUUCGGGCCUCGAGCUACGGAAUAGACGAAGGCUAUCUAAGCAAUUAUUCCGACGAUUUACUAAUCAUGUGUCAAGUAGAAUGCACUGACGGUGUAAAAAAUAUAAAAGACAUCGCAGCCGUUGAAGGGGUUGAUUGCAUUCAAAUGGGGCCGUUGGAUUUAAGUGCGAGUUUAGGGUACUUGUGGGAUCCAGGGCAUAAGAAGGUGAGGGAAGUACUGAGUGCAGCUGAAAAAGGGGUGUUAAAGCGGGCCCCAGCUGAAGGUGGAGCCUACUUAUCUGGAUUUGCAAUGCCACACGAUGGACCUGAGAAGUUGAAAUCAAGAGGGUAUCAUAUGGUUUCGGGUGCAGUGGAUAUUGGCUUGUUUAGAAAUGCUGCUGUGGAGGAUGUUAAGAAGUUUAAGAUGAGUGUAGUUGAUGGUUUUGAAGAUGAUAGUGAUGAAAAAGAUCGUAAAGACGGUGAAGAGAAGUACUGGAGUGAAUAAAAAUUUGAACAUUGUUUGAAGUAGUGAAUAAAAGUGGAGAAGGAUAGAAGGGCGAGCUUAUUGUUUGCGAGUUUCGAAUUCUUAAGGGUUGGCCCCAGACAGAUUUCUCGGCCAUAACAAAAAGAACUUUGUUAGAUUUUGUGGUAGAUUUUGGAAGAUUUUAUGUUAUGCUUUUUUUUAUUCGAAGUGAUGGCUCAAGUUUAGAAUUUCAGCUACUUGUGCAAUUGAUCAACACUUGGUUGGUUGUUGUUUCGUCUUUUAGCUGAUUUUGGGUUAAUUGUUUAAGUACUUGUAAUUGGUGUAGUUGCCAGCUGUGUUGGGUCCCAACGGAUAGCUCGGUCAUAAAAAAGUUACUGGAUUGAAUAAAAGUUUGAACUUUAUUAGGUUUCGUGGUA